CAAAAGUCUUGGAAGAAGAUAAAGAACAUGGUCCACUGGUCACCAUUUGUCAUGUCCUUCAAGAAGAAAUAUCCCUGGAUACAACUGGCAGGACACGCAGGGAGCUUCAAGGCGGGAGCAAACGGACGCAUAUUAAAGAAACACUGCGACUGUGAGCAGCGCUGUUUGUCCCUCCUGAUGAAGGACGUGCUUCGCCCGUACGUCCCAGGUUACCAUGGAGACGUGGAGAAGGAUGGCCAAAAAUACAACCAGAUGGAGGAUCUACUGGCUGAGUUUGACUUUCCAUGUGUGAUGGACUGUAAGAUGGGCAUAAGGACCUAUUUAGAGGAAGAACUGACCAAAGCUCGUAAGAAGCCCUCUCCAAGACCUGACAUGUAUCAGAAAAUGAUAGAGGUUGAUCCCAAAGCGCCUACAUUUGAGGAGAACGACCAGAAGGCAGUGACCAAACCAAGGUACAUGCAGUGGAGGGAGACCAUAAGCUCAACCGCUACCCUGGGAUUCAGGAUAGAGGGAGUCAAGAAGGAGGACGGGACGGUGAACAGAGAUUUUAAAAAGACAAAGACAAGAGAGCAAGUCACUGCUGCCUUCCAUGACUUUGUUAAAGGCAACAAAGAUGUUCUGAACUGUUAUCUAACGAGACUAAAAGAAAUCAGAGACAUUCUGGAGGUCUCCCCAUUCUUCAAAACCCAUGAGGUGAUUGGCAGCUCCUUGUUAUUCGUUCAUGACAAUAAAGGACGUGCCAAAGUGUGGAUGAUAGAUUUUGGGAAAACAACGCCGCUUCCCGAAGGGGAGGAAUUGACCCACCGAGCAUCAUGGAUGGAGGGAAACCGAGAAGACGGCUACCUUUUUGGACUUGACAGUUUGUUGGACAUCAUUUCAUCAAUGGUGAACUCUGAAACUUGA